GGAGCUUUGCACAUGUAUCUCGUCUCUCCCUGGCCUCUGCUCUGCAGCUUGCCAAGCCCCCAGAAAGCAAGGUGGGCCUCUCAGCAGUGGACCUCUCCUUUUGCCUCCUUCUCCAGGUGACUGGUCUGCUGGUCUGGACUUGAUCCUUCCCCCAGAUCACCAUGGCCGUGACCAAGGCCAGAAACCCCCGGGAGGCAUUGCUCUGGGCCUUGAGUGACCUUGAGGAGAAUGAUUUCAAGAAGUUAAAGUUCUACUUACGGGAUAUGACCCUGUCUGAGGGCCAGCCCCCACUGGCCAGAGGGGAGUUGGAGGGCCUGAUUCCGGUGGACCUGGCAGAAUUACUGAUUUCAAAGUAUGGAGAAAAGGAGGCUGUGAAAGUUGUCCUCAAGGGCUUGAGGGUCAUGAACCUGUUGGAACUUGUGGACCAGCUCAGCCACGUUUGUCUGCAUGAUUACAGAGAAAUAUACCGAGAGCAUGUGCGCUGCCUAGAGGAGUGGCAGGAAGCAGGAGUCAAUGGCAGAUACAAUCAGGUGCUCCUGGUGGCCAAGUCCAGCUCAGAGAACCCAGAAUCACCUGCUCACCCUAUCCCGGAGCAGGAGCUGGACUCUGUCAUGGUGGAGGCUCUAUUUGAUUCAGGGGAAAAGUCCUCCCUGGCCCCAUCCUUAGUUGUGCUACAGGGGUCUGCUGGCACUGGAAAGACCACUCUCGCCAGAAAAAUGGUGUUGGACUGGGCCACUGGUAGUCUGUACCCAGGCCGGUUUGAUUAUGUCUUUUAUGUAAGCUGCAAAGAAGUGGUCCUGCUGCUGGAGAGCAAACUGGAGCAACUCCUUUUCUGGUGCUGUGGGGACAAUCAAGCCCCUGUCACAGAGAUUCUGAGGCAGCCAGAGCGGCUCCUAUUCAUCCUGGAUGGCUUUGAUGAGCUGCAGAGGCCCUUUGAAGAAAAGUUAAAGAAGAGGGGUUUGAGUCCCAAGGAGAGCCUGCUGCACCUUCUAAUUAGGAGACAUACACUCCCCACGUGCUCCCUUCUCAUUACCACCCGGCCCCUGGCUUUGAGGAAUCUGGAGCCCUUGCUGAAACAAGCACGCCAUGUCCAUAUCUUAGGCUUCUCUGAGGAGGAGAGGGCGAGGUACUUCAGCUCCUAUUUCACGGAUGAGAAGAAAGCUGACAGUGCCUUUGACAUUGUACAGAAAAAUGACAUUCUCUACAAAGCGUGUCAGGUUCCAGGCAUUUGCUGGGUGGUCUGCUCCUGGCUGAAUGGGCAGAUGGAGAGAGGCAAAGCUGUCUUAGAGACACCUAGAAACAGCACUGACAUCUUCAUGGCUUACGUCUCCACCUUCCUGCCGCCGGUUGAUGAUGGGGGCUGCUCCGAGUUUUCCCGGCACAGGGUCCUGAGGAGUCUGUGCUCCCUGGCCGCUGAAGGGAUUCAGAACCAGAGGUUCCUAUUUGAAGAAGCUGAGCUCAGGAAACAUAAUUUAGAUGGCCCCAGGCUUGCCGCUUUCCUGAGUAGUAACGACUACCAAUUGGGACUUGCCAUCAAGAAGUUCUACAGCUUCCACCACAUCAGCUUCCAGGACUUUUUCCAUGCCAUGUCCUACCUGGUGAAAGAGGACCAAAGCCAGCUGGGGAAAGAGUCCCGCAGAGGAGUGCAAAGGCUGCUGGAGGCAAAGGAGCAGGAAGGGAAUGAUGAGAUGACCCUCACUAUGCAGUUUUUGUUGGACAUAUUGAAAAAAGACAGCUUCUUGAACUUGGAGCUCAAGUUCUGCUUCAGAAUUUCUCCCUGUUUAGCGCAGGAUCUGAAGCAUUUUAAAGAACAGAUGGAAUCUAUGAAGCACAACAGGACUUGGGAUUUGGAAUUCUCCCUCUAUGAAGCUAAAAUAAAGAAUCUGGUAAAAGGUAUUCAGAUGAACGAUGUAUCGUUCAAGAUAAAACAUUCAAAUGAAAAGAAAUCCCAGAGCCAGAAUUCAUUUUCUGUCAAAAGCAGCUUGAGUCAUGGACCUAAGGAGAAGCAAAAACGUCCUUCUGUCCAUGGACAGAAGGAGGGCAAAGAUAACAUAGCAGGAACACACAAGGAGGCUUCUACUGGAAAAGGCAGAGGGACAGAGGAAACAGACGAGGAAGUUAGGUGCAGUGGGAUGGGAAGCAGAGAAAUGGGGACAAUCACGCUGAAGGAUUGGAGGAAUGAAGGGGUGAAGGGACAGACAUGA